AUGCAAAGACUAGAAUGGGUAAAUCAAACCAUCAUCACAGAAUUCAUUCUACUUGGAUUUGGAGAAGUCCGGGACCUCCAGAUUCUUCUCUUUGUUGUGUUUCUAACAGACCACAUCAUGACCAUGGCUGGGAACCUGAUUAUACUUACACUAGUCAUGACAGAUCAGCACCUCCACACACCAAUGCACGUUUUCCUGGGCAAUUUGUCUUGCUUGGAGACCUGCUACAGCUCAACCAUCCUCCCCAGAUUGCUGGCCAGUUUCAUAACUGAGAACCAAAGUGUUUCUGUCUGGGGCUGCAUUGUGCAAUUUUGGGCUUUUGGGUUUUUGGCUGCAACAGAGUGCUAUCUCCUGGCAGCAAUGUCUUAUGAUCGCUAUGUGGCCAUAUGUCAACCCCUGCAUUACUCAGUCCUGAUGAAUUUCAAGCUUUGCCUCCAGCUGGUAGCUGGGUCUUGGUUUGGAGGUUUUGUGAUAAAUUCAAUCUUGUUAAUUUUUAUGGCACAGUUAACCUUCUGUGGCCACAAUGUCAUUGAGCAUUUCAUUUGUGAUUUCAUCCCCAUGACGAAACUGACCUGCAGUGAUGCACACCAAGUAGAGCUUUUAUCAACUGUCCUGUCCUCACUCUGCACCUUGCCACCAUUCGUUUUAACAAUAACAUCAUAUGUGUACAUCAUCACUACCGUUCUUGGAAUCCCAUCUACCGCAGGGAGGCAAAAGGCCUUCUCUACUUGCUCUUCUCACCUCAUUGUGGUGACUAUUUUCUAUGGCACCCUCAUCAUUGUGUAUCUUUUGCCAGACACAACUGAACUGAGAGAGCUGAAUAAAGGUUUCUCUGUCUUUUACACCAUCUUGACACCUCUGGUCAAUCCUUAUAUAUACAGCCUGAGGAACAAAGAGGUGAAGAUGGCCCUGGGGAGAGCUAUCAGAAAGUGGGCAAAUUACUUCACAUUGUAG